AUGCUGGAUGAAGUACACGAACAAGUUGUGAUUUUGCGACGGGCUUUUGUUAGCUACGACACUCUUAUCACUUUUGCUGGGAUCGCCAUCGAUAACGCGGGGAAGUUGCAGACGCGCUGGGAAGGAAUCUCCGCUAAGGACAUCGUUCACCUCCUCCCAAAGGCUUCCCUUCACCGACCAAUUCACCAAGAUCAGCAACCUCUCCUUGCUUUCGAUGCCAUAAGAUGGAUGGUCACCCUAGCCUACCAGGGCUCUUCAGACGGCUCGUACCCUUCCUUGCAUGCACAUGCCUGCGCCGUGCUCACUGAAUCGCUCGCCCUGGAGCAGGGUCACUUCCGUCGACUCGUACGCUUCGAGUACAUCUACUCGCAGCAAGACGCAUGCACAUCAAGCAGCAGAAGCCAAGACGAAUGCCUUAAACUCAUCUGGAGCAUCGAGCAGGAGGAAUCAAACGGGCCAACCCGUUUGGCGAAGGCAAACCCGCGGGUACCUUCUACUCUACUGCUGUCCAGCGAUGUGCUGCGAUGUCUGACCUCGUCCACUACGAGCGGUGCUUGCAAAGCAGGCAAGAAGAGCACUGGACCCACGAGACGUCAGCACAAGCCGUCAUUAAGCGGUGCUACCGGAUUCGGUGUGUUCAGCUUCUUGCCGAGGCAGGUGAAAGGCAAGCCUCGAGCUAGAAUAAAGGUUGGCAAAGAGAAGUCAGAAGGCGAGAUAACAGACUUCUUCGACUGCUGGUGCAAGAAGUACGAUCCUGCGUCGCAUGAGAAUGGCGAACGGAUGAGAUGGCAAUAUCUUCGUGCAUUGAAGCGUUCUAGUCAUUUCAAGCAACAUUAUCUGGACGGCGAUAUUCCCUACACACUCUGGCGACGAGUCUUCGACUUUCACAUUAAUGAGACCCAGGGCCAAGCUGCGGAGAUAACAGCAUGGCAAGCUUGUUGCGUUAUUCUCUACUCGCAUCUGGUUGAUCGACAGAACGAUCUGAACCCGUGGCUAGGCGAACCUCUUCUACCAGGUGGUGAAGAUCCUCAACAAGUCCGACCUCUGGGUGGGCCUCACUUAUCUAAUCCGUCUGCCCAUGAAGACUUGUUCGUUGCAACUGCCGGCACAGACGAUGGUGCAGGGACGACCACGGAUGACAAUUCUGAGCUGCAAGUCGAUAACGACUCGGGCAAUCAAACAACGCCUGCCGUCACGAGUGGAACUCCGUUGAUUAUGCCAUGGCAUACGCUGAUUCCAGCCGACUUUCAUGACGGACAGGUCUCUGAUCAAGCGCCUACACUUCAUUCCUACCCACCAGCCGAACCACACAACGACAGGAGCUCACACCUGCCGCUGUUCGGAAUUGUCGUGUCAGUCGAUCCCGCCAUGCUAUCUGUAAAAGAUCAGGCCGACGUGCUUCCGCGCGAAAGCUCUGGAUCUUACUGUGCAGACGGUGACUGGGUAGUUGCUCCUCCCGAUUCGCCUUCACUCCAUACUCUUGGGCCACGCCCUGGUGAGCCGCUCAUCAAUGCCGAUAGUCAUCUGCCAGGACCGAGUAAUUUCCCGCCAGGGCCACAUAUUUUCACCGACGAGACUGUGUUCGACCCACGACGCUAUAUAUCCCCGUCUUUUUCGACACCGACGCGGAACAUCCUACCUUCUUCGGAUCCGGGUCUCACAGACGAUAGGAGCUAUUUUUCUGAAUUAGGGCAACAUCAAGGCAAUGUUCAGUCGCCCACCACGCCUGGCACGUUGCAUUCAUAUGACGAUUCAUUCCAGAAUGAGUUCGGUCCUUACGAUCCUCCUGCGUUCUAUCGGGCUCGUGGCACUACGGGGCACCAGAAUCAGGAUCUGAACGCUAUCGGCCUGCUCCGCAUUCCUGAGGUCCUGGAGCCUGACAGCAUUGGCGGCGAUGACGCUGAGAAGUCGCUUUUCGACGACGACUUCGACUUGAACGACUUCAUGCACAAUCUGGCCAGUUCAGAAGUUCAUCAUGUUCUCAGUAAUGUGGCCAAGAAGCUUUCUACCGAUAGCAGUACCACAUCAGCAAGCACAGUGAUUGACCAGAAGGGCAAAGGCAAGGCUGAUGAGACCUGA